AUGGCCUGGACGACGCUGGCCAUCACGGCCAUGGGGCUGUCGUGCGUGGCCACGGGCAUCACGAGCUACAGCCUCCGCCGGUCCUGGGACCUGCAGAUUUCCAGCGUGCGCUGGCUGUUCUGCGUCUUCUUCACGUGCUACUGCCUCUACGGCGCGGCCCGCGUGGCCUACAUGGUCACGGUGAGCGCCAAGGCCAAGUGGGGCACGAGCGCCAACGAAGAGUUCUUGGCCGACCACUACACGACGCUGGGCAUCUUCGCGCCGCUGCACUCGCGGGUGUCGGACGACCCGUUGGUCACCGUCUUCCUGGUCGUCGGAGACUCGGUGCACUUCUCCGUGGCCACGUGGAUGUUCCCGCUAAUUUAUGAGCUCGGCUUGAUUGCAAGGAAGACGAUGGACCGAGGCGCCGAGAAGGAACAGGAGCAGAUCCAGUGGUACCUGUGGUGCGUCUGGCCUAUUAUUGGAGCGUUCACCGUUGCCGAGACCGUCCUUGCAGUGGUUAAAGGCGGCUACACGACGUCCACGCAGGCCUUCCAGUUGGCCGUGUACUUCACCAUGUUCGCGAGCUUCCUGUACAUGCUUUUCGUGGUGCUGAGGCUUAAGUGGGUCGGCCGGAAGUAUGAAAAUGUUCAGGGACAGUUUGUCACGUCCCCGAUUUACCAGCGCCUCUCGAGAAUUCUAGCUAUCUACGCGCUAUUCACGCUCCAGUACCAGCUUGCGUCUGUCAUUUCGUACUCCAUGCCGGGCGACAGGGACGUUCUUCCCAACUACACGAGCAUCAGCACGGUCCUCUACAACAUUUCAGGGCUGGCCUUGGCCAUUACAACCAUGUGCAGCCAAAUGUGCGUGCUGCAGAUGUGUCGUUGGUGUUUACCCGAUGACAUCGAAGCUCAGGUUGAAGCGAGACUCAUGCAGCCUGGAGAACUACUGUCACCGCGAGACACGCAGAUCCUUGUCGAAUCGGCCGAGCCGCCGUUAGUAAAUCCUGUGUUUGUAUUUACAGAUAUCCAGCAAUCAAGCGCGCUGUGGGGUGUAGGCGACGGACUCAUCAUGCAGCGAGCCACAGAGAUUCAUGACAAUAUUCUGAGGUCCGCACUGAUGAAGUACCGUGGAUACGAAAUCACGACUGCCGGUGACGCGUUCCAGCUAGCUUUCCACACGGUGCGCGAGGCAGUUGAGUACUGCAUGGAUGUUCAACUACAACUACUGGAAGCUCCAUGGCCGAAAGAGCUUCACAGCUUGCUGCCAGCAACGAAGAAGCAGCGCUCCGGCCGACAUUUAAUUUUCUGCGGUCUGCGCGUACGAAUGGGGAUCCACGACGCAGUUGAUGCAGAUGGAACGCUGGUGCUGGAUGUGCACGCAGUGACAGGAAAAAUGACCUACACGGGCGCGUCGGAGGUGAUUGCGAACGAGAUCGGAGACCUGGGCGAUGGCGGGCAGAUCCUCGUCACGAAACGUGUGGCCGACUGGUUGGAGAUGUACGCGGACUUGGUGGCGAUCCCGUGCUCCGUGGAUCGCAUUGGCAACUACACCGUUCCUCAGAUUAACUCUACCGUGGAGGUGUUCCAAGUCCUCCCAACGGUGCUGGCCAAGCGCAAGAAGAAGUUCACAACGACAUUCGCGACGACACUCAAGCGGCGUCCGGGACACGGAAAUCCUGCAACUGGCGCCAACUCAUUCACGCGCAACGACGGCACUCCUCCCGGUAUGAGCAGCGCGGCUGCCGAGCGUCGUCGCAACCUCUACGCGCAGCGCGAACGGCGUCGGCAGCUUGAGCAAGUAGCGCUGGGCCGUCCCGCAUCUCACCAGACGCUCAUGCGCUCGGAGAGCAGCCGUCCGAGCUUCGCGUUCGACACGCGACCAAGCUACGCGCCGUCGGCCGGAACACUUCUACUCCUGGCCGGGCGGGGCCGAGCAUCGAACAGCGCGGGCCGCCCCGCGACAAUGGGAUGGACGGAGCUGGCCAUCGUCACCAUGGGCUUGUCGUGCGUGGCCACGGGUGUGACAAGCUUCAGCCUGCGUCGGUCGUGGGACUUGCAGGUCUCGAGCGUGCGCUGGCUCUUCUUCAUCUUCUUCCUCUGCUACUUCGUCUUCAGCCUCAGCCGGGUGGUCUACAUGCUCGUCGGGGCCAUCAAUCCGCUGAGCUCCACGACGGAGAUCGGCGAACAACUGCUGGCCAACCGAUACAGCAAGCUCGGGGUCUUCUCGGUGCUGCACUUCAAGGUCUCACAUAACGCUCUAAUCACCCUGUUGCUGGUGUUGGGGGACUGCGCGCUCUUCGCUGUGGCCGUGUGGACGUUUCCUUUGACGUAUGAGCUCUGGCUGAUCGCUACGAGGUCGAUGGACCGAGGGGCCGAGAAGGAGAAGGAGCAGAUUCGAUGGUAUCUCUGGAGGGUCUGGAUCAUCAUUGCUGCGUUCGUGGUCACGGAGACCGUGCUGGCUGCAGUGAGGAAGGGGUACACGACCUAUACGCAGAGGUGUCUGCUGGCCGUGUACGUCACGCAGUUCUUGAGCUUCCUGUACAUGGUGUUCAACAUCGUGAGGCUCAAGUGUGGCGGCAGGAAGUACGAGAACGUGCAAGGACAAUUCGUCACGUCCCCGAUCUACCAGCGGCUGUCGAGGAUCAUGAUCAUUUACGCUGUUUUCACGCUGCAAUUCCAACUUGCGUCCGUCGUGUUGUACGCCAUGCCGAACCGCGAGUACAAGCUGAUGGAUUUUAUCAGCGUCAGCGCGGUCGUCUACUGCGUCUCCGGGCUGGCUCUGGCGAUUACGACCAUGUGCAGCCAGACUUGUGUGCUCGAGUUCUGUCGCUGCUGUCUGCCGGACGAUGUUGAAGCCCAAGUUGAAGCAAGACUUAUGCAGCCCGGCGAACUGUUGUCUCCGAGAGAUACUCAGGUGCUUGUCGAGUCUGCAGAGCCGCCUCUUGUGAACCCCGUGUUCGUGUUCACAGACAUCCAGCAGUCCAGUGCGCUCUGGGGCGUGGGUGAUGGGCUCAUUAUGCAGCGGGCGACGGAGAUCCACGACAACAUUCUGCGCUCUUUGUUGAUGAAGUAUCGAGGUUACGAGAUCACGACUGCGGGCGAUGCGUUCCAGUUAGCCUUCCACACAGUUCGAGAGGCCAUCGAGUAUUGUCUGGACGUGCAGAUGCAAUUGCUUGAAGCAAACUGGCCGAAGGAGCUACACGGACUGCUGCAUGCAACCAAGAAACAGCGUUCCGGACAUCAUCUGAUCUUCUGCGGUCUACGCGUGCGCAUGGGAAUCCACGACGCUGUCGACUCGGAUGGCCCGCUGGUGCUGGACGUUCACGCGGUGACCGGCAAGAUGAUCUACACAGGUGCAUCCGAAGUUAUCGCCAAUGAGAUUGGCGACUUGGGCGAUGGUGGCCAGAUUUUGGUCACGAAACGCAUCGCCGACUGGCUGUUCAUGUACUCGGAGCUGGUGGCGAUUCCGUGCUCGGUGGACCGUGUUGGGGAGUACACGGUCCCGCAGAUCAACGCGACGGUGGAGGUAUUUCAAGUGAUUCCAACGGAGCUGGCCAAGCGCAAGAAGAAGUUCACGACGACGCUGAAGAAGCGUGUGACUGCGUUCCCGUUCGCGAGUACGACCGUGCUCAAUGAUGUCACACCGCCUGGGUUGAGUAGCGCAGCGGCCGAACGCCGACGGAACCUGUACGCUUGGCGUGAACGGCGCCGCCAAUUGGAGCAGGGCGCCUUGACUCGGCAUGUGUCGCAACGAACGCUACUUGGGAUCGACCAUGAGGUUGAAAUUGAGAAUAGAGUGAGCUACACCCGUAACAGCAGCAUGUAA